UUGGAGAAGGCUUAGAACGCACCACCAUUUAUGACGUCAGCUUUUCGGUCCGCUUUAGGGCUUUGUUACGUCACCAUCGUGGGGGCUUUGAACAUGCAGAUAGGCACAACACACUUUCUAUCAUUCCUUUCCUACCGCGAGGACCAAAUGGACUCCGACCUUCCAAGCUUGCUGCCUGCAGCUGUGAUGGAUGCCACUGAGAUGGAGCUUCAGCACAUGCUGGCUGACCUGCAGAAGAAGUGUGACACGUAUAAGUCCAACUACAAUCUUCUCAAGCACGAACAUUCCAGCUUGCAGGAGGACUUGUUGCAUGUCCAGGAGGAGGUGAAGCAUCUCCAUGGCCAACAGGAGAAGCUGCAGUCGCAGUUGUCUGAGCGCUCAGUGGAGCUGCAGGACAAGAUGAAGGAGGUGGAGGAGCUUCGACUGCAGGUGAUGACUCCUCAACGUAUGGAGUUGCUGAAAGUUCAGAUGCAGCAGGACAUGGACCAGCCGGUCAGGGAGCGUUUCCACAAACUGGAAGAGUUGUGUGUGCAGGAGGCAGAGAAGUACAGGUCAGACUUCAACAGGCUGCGUUACGCCUCCACCGUGCUCAACACCCAGUUUGAACACCAGGAGGACCAACAUGCUGGCGUACUUGAAGGCCAGAGGCUGCGCUACGAGGUGGAGAUCGCCCAGCUGAGGAAGGAGAAGGAGAGCCUGUUGGCCCAGUACCAGCAUUCUGACCCUCUGCAGGACAGGAAACAGCUGGAGAUGGUCCUCAAGGAGAAAACCCAGCUCACCAUGUGGGUCAAGAGUCUGCAGGCGGAGGUGGCCGAGUUGCAGGCCCGGAAGGACAACUCUGACCAGCAGGUGGAGAACAUUCAGCUCUCCCAGAACCGGCAGCUGGCAGAAUCUCAGGCUCUGGUCAAAUCUCUUGAGGCGGAGCGCCAGUCUUUGGACCUGCGAGUGGUGCGCAUUGAGGGAGAACUGAACCUCAGCCAGGAGCAGCACAGCCAGCUGACUGGACAGUUGCACAAAGCCAAAAGAGAAGUUAGCGCCCUCACAUGCCAGAUUGAGAGCCUGAAGCUCUCCCACAAGACUGCUGUGGACGGCGUCAAACUGGAUCUGACUCGCUCAAAGGGGGAGGUGGAGAGGGAGAGAGACACGCUGAAGUGCAAGAUGGAGAGUGUGCAGACGGAGGUGGAGGUGCUGAAGGACAUGCUGGAAAAAAACAAUGCACUUUUUGUGGAGAAAGAAAUGGAGAUGGUGAAGAAGGUGAAAGCUGUCUGUGACGAGGAACUCUACAAGACAACCAUCUUGCACGAGGAAAAGCUGGAGUUAGACCAACAUCUUGCACAGUGUAAACAGCAGAUCAUUCUGCAGGACUCCAAAGUGCAAUCCCAAAAGGAGGAAUGGGAGAAGCAACUCUGGAUUGUCCAGAAAAGUGAAGAGUCUGCACGCAAAGAGAUCCUCUCCCUGAAACUACGAUUCAACCAGCAGAGCUCUCAGCUGGAGGAGCUGGAGAGACAGAGAGCAGAGGCAGUGCACCUGCAGCAGAAAAACCAAGAACUGUGUGCCCACCUGGGGACUUUGUCCAAGUCUGAAGCGGAGCUGCUGCAAGCAAACCAACGUCUGAAGGAAAAACUGGAGGAGAUAAGGGAGGAGAACAUCCGUCGAGAGGGAGAGAGGUUGGUGGAGGACAGUCGGGCACGAGAGGCCAAGCUGGAGGAGAGCAUCUCUCAGCUCAAAGACAAAGUCCUGAAGUUGGCAGCAGCCGAAAAGAAGCGAAGAGUCCAGGUGGAGAAGAAAGAGACGGGUCUGCAGAACACCAUCUUCGGACUGAGUGCCCAAGUAGAUGAACUGACUCAGGAAAGUACUUCAGCCAAUAAGAAGUUGCACGACUAUCAACAAAAGCACAGCGAGUUUCGCCGCCUGCUGAUGACCAACCAUGACUUUUUCAGUGGCGGUCCUGCCCAGAUCAUCUCCACGUACCGGCCCACCUUUUUCCCCGGGCCUGACAGAAUGUUACCCAGCAAACAAGAAGAUGAGGAGGAACAGAAAGAACUGGAUUUAUUACGUCAGAGGGUGGACACGCUGGAAAAAGUCCAGCAGCAGCAGCUGGAAGAACUGGGAUGUGUGGAGCCUCGGGAGCAGGAAAACAUUCCCCCAUGCUGAUGGCCCCCCAAAAAGGUGAAAUGACUUCCUCCACCUUCCCGCAGUCUUCUCCCCUCGGGGCACACCUGGAGCUGGGACUGCUGGGAUUGUCAGGCGGGACGGAGAUGGAGCUUCAGAAGAUGCUCAUUGAUGAGAGGACCAAGUGUGAAC